AUGAAGCCAUCUCUGGAGAGCAUUGGUGUCACUAUCCUUCGCCAAAACAAGUACGUUUCAUUUUACGUAUACAAACGACCCUACCUUGAUGAGUUUUUGAACCAGGUUUGCCAAUGGUUCGAUGUCGCUAUCUUCACAGCUGGAGAAAAGCCGUACGCUGACGCCAUUCUCAACGUAAUCGAUCCCAAGUGCCACAUCCAGCGACGGUAUUAUAAAGAGAAUUGCAGUUUGGUGGAUGGAAGAUAUGUGAAACGAAUCGAGACUGUGAAUUCUGCGCUCGAAACCGCAAUGCUGGUGGACAACAAUCCGGAGUAUUACCGAAUGGACAAGUGCAAUGCGAUUUCGAUAACAAGCUGGUAUGGAGACGAUAAGGAUAAGGAACUGAAGUAUUUGCUCCCUUUUUUGGAUUUAAUGCGAACUGUUGAAGAUGUUCGUUCAGUGCUUAAUUUAAACUGUUGGACUGUUUGUUUGAAAAGAGUGGGAGAAGCGAUAGAUGAGAAUGAAUGA